CAUUAUUUCGCGACAAACUAGUUUUGCGCAAUACCACGUACAUUUGAUUUCUUGACAAAAUAGUUGAUUCACAGCUAUGGAAUUAGAAGAGGGACAGUUUGAGGAUGCUGGAGACAGAACUGUUUUUGAUAAAGGGUGUGUAUCAGUUGAUAAUAGCACUUGCCAGGAGAGUGGACCAGCAAAGCCAGAAGAGAACAAUGAUGUUGAAUAUUAUGACGACAAAUACGACUAUGAUGAUGACGAUGAUGAUGAUUAUAUUGAUUGGGGAAUUGAAGAGGUUGGAACCAACAAGAGAUAUAACUGCAAUGCGGGCUCCCACCCAAACCAGCAGCACAAGGCAGCGGGCGUGUACCAGCCUAAUGACAAGGUCAUGAGGAAAUACAUUGACAAAAUCAAUGUUGAGAAGUACACAGGCCCAAAGCUUUCGAGUUCUGCAUCAUCGGCUCUCAUGUCUAUGGGCAGAAGAAAUGAAGACAUGAGAUAUCGAGGAAAGGACAAAUCAGACAGAGCCACAGCAGAGCAGGUGAUGGACCCGCGUACACGAAUGAUUUUGUUCAAGAUGAUCAGCCGGGGAGUGAUCACGGAGGUGAAUGGCUGUAUCAGUACAGGGAAGGAGGCUAAUGUCUACCACGCAACUGCCAAAGAUGGGUCUGAUAGGGCCAUUAAGGUGUACAAGACGUCAAUAUUGAUAUUCAAAGAUCGUGACAAGUAUGUGAGCGGGGAGUUCAGGUUCCGACAUGGCUACUGUAAACACAAUCCUCGUAAAAUGGUGAAAACCUGGGCAGAAAAAGAAAUGAGAAAUCUCAUUAGGAUUCACCAGACAGGGAUCCCGUGUCCGGAGCCCAUCAUUCUACGCAGCCAUGUACUGGUCAUGGGUUUUAUAGGCACACAGGGCUGGCCUGCACCUUUACUCAAAGACUAUGAUAUAAAUGAAUCAAAGGCCAGGGAACUAUACAUGCAGUGUAUCCAAAUACUACGGACGUUAUACCAUGAAUGCAAGCUUAUACAUGCUGACUUCAGUGAAUUUAAUUUAUUAGUGCAUGAUGGUGACCUGUAUGUAAUAGAUGUAUCACAGUCUGUCGAACAUGACCAUCCGCACGCCCUCGAGUUUCUACGGAAAGACUGCACUAAUGUCACAGAAUACUUCAGAAAGAAAGGAGUGAGCACAUUAACAGUAAAGGAAUUGUUUGACUUUGUGACGGACGUUACGAUAACUGCGGAUAACCUUGAUGACUAUCUCGACCAGUGCAUGCAGAUGACAUCAAACAGAAACAUAGAUGAUGUCACAGAGCAGGAUAAGAUAGAUGAGGAGGUUUUUAAGCAUUCAUAUAUUCCGCGGACACUGGACCAAGUUAUAGACUUCGAAAGGGAUUAUGAAAAGCAGAGGAAGGGGCAGGGAGAGGAGUUGCUAUACAACAAAAUCACAGGACUAAGAACAGACCUUUCAGGCCCUCAACAGGUCCCCUCCUUGCUGCAGUCGGAUGCCAUGUCAGAGACAGCCACACAGGUGUCUGAGAGUGUGGCAGAUACACACAGUGUGGCUGGGGAGGUGGAGAGUUUGGAUGAAGAGGAUUCUGGGUCAGAUAACUCUGAUGAUGAGGAAGGUGAAAACAAAGGCAAACAGUUCAUAAGAGAAAGGGAUGAGUCUCCUAAUACUAAAAAGGAAAGAAAACGUCUUGUGAAAGAGGCACAAAAAGAGAAACGGCAAAACAAAAUACCAAAACAUGUGAAGAAACGAAAAGAAAAACUAUCUAAGCAAGGGAAAAAGAACUAACAUUUUAAACAGUUUAUUGCCCUGCCUGUGAUAUGUUCUGGUUGUCAUUGUUUUUGGAUUGGGUUAUUUGUUCUUGCUUAUGACUUGCAAUGUAACAUUGAAUAUUCUGUAAAAAAUAGACUCCUUAAAAUGCAAUAAAACUAUUGAUUUAUAUAAUUAUCUCCGUGGUCAUUUUUCUAAAAAACUGAAAUAAGAACAAUGUACUUGUUGUUUUUUUACAAAAGUCAUAUCAUGUAACAA